AUGGUCGGUCCCCUCAAAAAGGCCCCGAGCGGUCACACCGACCUACCCGUGCUGGUGGAUAAGUUCACGAAGUGGAUCAAGGUGAAGCCCAUCAUGAACAUUUGCUCGCAAGAGGCUGUCGAGUUCUUCCUUGACAUCGUCUACCGAUUUGGCGUCCCUAACUGUAUCAUCAUGGACAACGGAACAAACUUCACCGACAAGAAGUUUUUGGAUUUUUGUGAUCGGUACGGCAUUAGGGUCGACUGGGCUUCGGUCGGACACCCACGAACAAAUGGCCAGGUUGAGCAAGCCAACGGCAUGGUCCUCAUGGGACUCAAGCCAUGGUUCACCCCCUUCUUCCUAACAUACCGCUCGGAAGCAGUGUUGCCAUCCGACCUCAACUACGGCGCCCCGAGGGGAAGAGCAUUUGACCCUGACCGAGCCAUGGAGGCCCAACAGGACGCGAUAGACCUGCUCGAGGAGGCACGCCAGAUGACGCUCAUCUGCUCCGCCCGUUAUCAGCAAACCCUUUGCAGGCACCAAGUAGAGAGGAAGAUGAGGAAAUUGAGAGAGCGCAAGGUGCUACCUCCAAAGUUCCUCGGGUCCUCCUCCUCCAACCAGGACAACCAAGAUAACAAGGGAGGAGAGACGCAGAGGGAGUACGAGUACCGCGCCUUGGUAUCGUGGGCAAACUGGCUCUCACUAACUCCUAGUGAACCAGCACCGACGCCUUCAUCUUGA